UCAAAUUGAGAAUGUGAUACAGCGAGCCGCAGAUGUAACAAAAUUGAGCACAACAACGAUCGCAAAUAUAAAGAAGAAUGGGAUAAAAUCAGAUCAGGAUUACGCAGCCCGUAUAUCUUCCGAGCAAAAGACAGCAAAAACCAAAAUUACGACAUAUUUGAAACAUAGAAUUCGGGACAUAAUUUAUUCUAUGUACGCCAGAAAAGAAUAUGUAAUAUUGGCAAAAAUAAGAGAAAAGUUCAGGGGAGAAAUUGAAUAUUUUGAGUUUUCCAUUGACUCCUUAAGAAGAUGGAUCAAUAGUAUAGGCUUCAAGUGGAAAAAAUCAAAUAACAGAAAAUAUUUGAUGGACUUGCCAAAUAUUGUUCAUAAAAGAAUCAAUUUUUUAAGGGAGUAUAUCAAAAAUAGAAAUGUAGGUCCGGAAGGUUUUACUCCAGUUUUCAUUGACGAGACGUGGAUUUUUAGCAAGGGAUCAUUUCGUAGUAGCUGGCAAGAUGACACCAAGCACACGGAUUCAAGGAAAAACUGUGAAGGUCAUCGUUAUAUCGUGGUCCACGCCGGAACCAAAGAUGGCUUCAUCAAGGGUGCAAAUUUAAUAUUCAAGAGUGGAUUAAAGACCGGAGAUUAUCAUGACAAUAUGAACAGGAAAAACUUCGAAAACUGGUUUAAAACUCAGUUGGUUCCAAAUCUUCCCCCAAAGUCAUUUAUAAUCAUGGACAAUGCAAGUUACCAUUCUGGUUUAUUAGAAAAAAUCCCGAGAAAAUCUUGGACAAAGCAGAGACUGACCGAAUGGUUGAAGAAAAAUAAUAUUGGCUUUCCAGAAAAAGCCAUGAACGAUAAAAUAUGGAGUAUUGCACGCAGAAACUGUCCUAGUGAAAAAAAGUACUUCCUUGAUGAAUAUGUUAAGCCUUUAGGACACGAAAUUUUGCGACUGCCACCAUAUCAUUGCAGGUUUAAUGUAAUUGAAAUGGUAUGGUCGGAAUGUAAACGAAAAUAUGAUCAUUAUAUUUCCAAUUUUAAUGAGUCACCUUCAGAAGUUCUGACUAGAUGGGAAAGGGUAAUAAGCGUAAUUUCUAUAGAUCAUUGGCAAAAAUAUGUUUUUCAUACAGAAAAGGUAAUUGAAAAGGCUUGGGAGGCAAUACAAGUGAGGCCUAUGACAUUCUGCCACUUGUGAUUACAACUGACGAAGACGACGGUGACGAAGACAAUAUCUCUGAUUUCAGUUCUGACUCUGACAAUACUGACGAGAUUGAUUAAGCUUUUUUUGUUCUAGCAAAUUUUAUUUUAAUAUC